AUGAUUUAUUAUCAAUGUUUGAUCAUUACAACAAGAGUACCCCUAGCAAUUUGUAUUACUGUCAAAAGACAUGAUAUUGAUGGUGCACUAGCAACUAUUGGUUCGAUAUCUGCUAAUCUGAAUUCGGUUCCGGUCCUUGAUGGAACAAAUUUUAAGGACUGGAAAGAGAAAAUGGAAAUUGUUCUUGGCUGCAUGGAUCUUGACCUUGCACUAAGGGUGGAGAAACCCGCUUCUUCUACGGAAUCUAGUACCUCUGAACAGAGGAAAGAUUAUGAGAAGUGGGAUCGCUCCAAUCGCAUGAGUCUUAUGAUCAUUAAGCGCGACAUUCCUGAGGUCUUUAGGGGUACUAUCUCGGAAGAGAUAAAAGGUGCCAAAGAUUUCCUUGCUGAAAUUGAAAAGCGCUUUGCAAAAAGCAAUAAGGCGGAAACAAGUACUCUUCUUCAGAACUUGAUUUCCAUGAAAUAUCAGGGCAAAGGAAAUAUAAGGGAAUACAUUAUGGGCAUGUCAAAUAUUGCUUCAAAACUUAAGGCGCUAAAGCUUGAGCUGUCGGAUGACCUGCUCAUUCAUUUAGUAUUGCUUUCUCUUCCUGCACAAUUCAGUCAGUUUAAGAUAUCUUAUAACUGUCAAAAGGAGAAAUGGUCUCUAAAUGAGCUCAUUUCAUUUUGUGUGCAAGAAGAGGAAAGGUUGAAGCAAGAAAGGAAAGAAAAUGCUCAUUUUGUUAGCACCUCUAAAGACAAGGCCAAAAGAAAGAAAACUGUUGAGCCCAAGAAUGAAGCUGCUGAUGCUCCAGCACAAAAGAAACAGAAAGAGGGUGAUACCUGUUACUUUUGCAAUGUGUCUGGGCAUAUGAAAAAGAAAUGUACUAAAUAUCAUGCUUGGCGUGCAAGGAAAGGGUUGCCUAAGCUACCGGAAGCCAAAUGAUGUUGAAAGAUACAUCUAUGUUGUAGAUGGCAAGACGGUGGAGGUGGAAGCUAUAGGGCAUUUUAGAUUAUUAUUGUGUACUGGAUUUUAUUUGGAUUUGAAAGACACUUUUGUGGUACCGUCAUUUAGACGGAAUUUAAUUUCAGUUUCUAAUUUGGACAAAUCAGGUUAUUCAUGUUCAUUUGGAAAUAGUAAAGCCGAGUUGUCUUUUAAUUCAAAUAUUGUUGGAACCGGUUCACUUAUUGGAUAUGAUAAUCUGUAUUUGCUGAGCACUGUAGCCACCUAUAGUGAAUCCCUGAAUGUGGAAUCACGUGGUACUAAGCGUAAAAUUGAUAAUAACAAUUCAGGAGCAUUAUGGCACAAGCGCCUAGGUCACAUCUCUAAAAAUAGAGUUGAGCGGCUAGUGUCAGAUGGAAUUUUGGAUUCCAUUGACUUCACAAACUUUGAUGUUUGUGUUGAAUGCGUUAAAGGUAAACAGACCAAAACAAAGAAAUUUGGUGCAUAUAGAGCUACAGGCGUCUUAGAAUUGAUACAUACGGAUAUUUGUGGACCAUUUCCAACACCUUCUUGGAAUGGUCAACAAUAUUUUAUAUCAUUCAUAGAUGAUUAUUCGAGAUAUGCAUACUUAUUUCUUAUACAUGAAAAGUCUCAAUCAUUGGAUGUGUUCAAAUCAU